UGGUAUAAACCAUUUUGAAUCAAAGCUCUCAAAAUGUUGUCUAGCUGUCCAGCAGUUAGCAUAGCAGUAGCUCGCUUACUAGCCAAAAGAGUGUGAAUGAAAAAUGAGAGAAAAAAGUAACUGUUUAUAAAUCAAGGCAUGUUACUUUACUGUAUUUGGAGCACUUCCUUGGGUAGUAUUUCAUAUUGUACAGUACAAUAGUUUGCAUGCAGAGACAGGGACACACUCACUGUUGCAUAAUGAUUUUAUAAAAUGUGUAUUUGUCAUCCUUUUCCACACACAUUUUUAAUUUAUAAGGCAGGUUUUCUCAGAAAAUGCACUUUAUUUUGCUGUGUCUUUAAGGCUUCUAGACAAAUUAGCAUAAUAAUAGAUUCUAUUAUACUUAUUGCCAGUAACUACAAGACCUUUUGUUCCAACCAAAUAUGACAUCAAAUGCAUCAUGCUGUCACUCAAACUCAGGGGCGUGAACAAUUUCUAAACUAUAAAAGUGCCAGAGCUGUAGUCAUAAGAUUAUGACAUUUUACAGUUUAUGUUUUACAAGAGUAGCAUCUAAUAUAACAGCUAUUUAAAUUCUGUAGACAUUAGAGAAAUGCUGUAUUGAUGAACCUGACAGAGUUUAAGCAGUCUGAUCACUGUGAUCAUUUCUCCUGUCCAGAGAGAUCUGUAUCUCCUGCAGUUUAUAUCUUACUGUACGUGUGUUCAGCUGCUGUGGUUCUGCUAACAGUGUGUGGAAAUCUGCUCAUCAUCAUCUCUGUUCUUCACUUCAAGCAGCUUCACAUACCAACAAACAUGCUGCUGCUCUCACUGGCUGUGUCGGAUUUCCUCAUUGGAGCUUUAGUUAUGCUGCCAUUGUUCACCUGGACGAUCGAGUCAUGUUGGAUUUUUAAUAAGGAGUACUGCAUCAGUUUUUUGAUGACUAUAUAUAUUCUAACAAGUUUAUCCAUCUAUAAUAUCGCUCUGAUUGCUGUAGAUCGGUAUUUGGCUCUCUCAAACCCUUUUCUUUACAUGAACACAAUCUCAAAGCAGACAAUGAGCAUUGUUGUUUUUACCAACUGGAGUGCUACUCUGGUGUAUAACAUAUCAAUGUGUUAUUUCAAUGGAAGCUUCUUGAGUUCUGUAAUGUGUCCUGGAGAGUGUUUAUUAAUUCUAAAUGAGGUUUUGUCUCUAAUUGAUCUCAUAUAUUCAUUAAUAUUUCCACUUUCUCUCAUAAUCAUAUUGUAUACUCGAGUUUUUCUAAUUGCUAAGAAACAUGUCACUGCUAUCAGAGAGCUUAAUAAUCACACACGGCCUAAAACACAGAAAAUCACCUCACACUCCAUGAAAUCUGAGAGAAAAGCAGCUAAAGUCCUCGGUAUUUUAGUGUCUGUGUUUCUGGUGUGUUUACUUCCAUAUUUUAUUUACAGUUUAUUAGGGAAUGUUAUUGAUUUACAGAUAGAUUAUUUUCAGACAGUUUUGAUCAUGGCAUGUCUUAAUUCCACCAUUAAUCCAGUUAUUUAUGCUCUGUUUUAUCCGUGGUUCAGGAGGUGUGUUAAAUUAAUCAUAACGCUGCAAAUAUUUAAAAAAGGCUCUGCAUUAAUCAAUGUUCUGUCAUGA